AUGCGUUACGCCAGUCUUCUCGCUACUGCUCUCACCGUCGCCGCCCUCGAUGAGACUUUGGGUGCGAGCUGCCACGUUACGCCUCUACUGAAGGUCAUGAGUUUUAACCUUCGCACGUCGAUUGCCAACGAUCCAUGCCCAAGUGGCUGCUGGGAACAACGCAAAUGGCGCACCAAACAACUCGUGGAGAAGUACCAACCUGAUCUCAUUGGCACGCAAGAAGGAGCUCCUGAUCAAAUCCAGUUUUUCCAAGAUCAGCUUUUGUUCGCAAGCACUGGCGACUGUGCGGGUGAUUGUCAGUGGAACGAGCGCAACAGUAUAUUCUACAAAGCCGAUCGCUGGGAAUUGCUGGAGACUUCCACCUUCGCUUUGAGUGAUACUCCCGAUGAAAUCCCGUCGAACACCUGGGGUCUGCAAUACUUGCGUGCAGCGGUUAUUGCACGCUUCCGUGAUAAGACUACCCAUCGCCCCGUGUGUAUGCUGAACACGCAUUUUGACAUAAACCUCGGUCAGCCGCAGUCAUCAGUCCUGGUAGCGAAGCGAUUGAGCGAGCGUUGCCAGUCAGAAGACACAGUGAUCAUGACCGGAGACCUAAAUGCUGUCCCUCAGAGCUCCGCCGUUCUAUACCUUGCCAACCAGGGCCCGAUCGAUGGGAGCUACACACCAAUCCCGUUGUACGACACACUAACUGCUGCGGGUGCCGGAGGGCCAACCUGGAUUGGAUCUUCCUUCGGAAACAUACCGGCGGGCAGCAAGUUUGACUACAUUUUCUCACGCCGCGACGACCACACUUGCCUCCGCAACGGCACGAUAUUGGUUGAUACGUUUGACGGGUACUCAAGCUCGGACCAUGCAGUGCUGCUGUCCGAAUUUUGCCUAGGAACAAAAUGUUCGCGCUGCAUCGCGUAUUAG